AUGGACCCGUCCAAGCUGCCGCUGUUCGCGCGUGGGCGAAGUAUGUUGAGCGAGGCGCUGUCUCCGACCACAAGACGUCGAUUCGCCGGAUUUUUAGAGCCCGGAACGCCGUCCGAGGAAGUCCAGAGUCAAUCUCCGUUCUCCCUUUCUCAGACUUCAAACCCCGCGUCGCCCUUGAGGCGUACACCGUCAAUACGGCGUCGAUCGGCGCUGUCCGACGAAGAUUUCGACGGUGACAAAGCGAAAGACAGGACUCUGGUGCGAAUUCAGUGCAAUUCACGACCUUUCCAGGUGCGAUUGGCGCUGGAAAAGGGUCAGAUCGUGGUGCACGGAUUCGACCGCAGCGUUGACAAGGGAAAGAUAGGACCGCCGGGAGAUGUGGAGAAGUCAGGACUUGUCCAAGUUGGCGAUGUCUUGGUGGGCGUGAACGGACAGAUGAGGAGAUUCUCGACGCUGGAGAUGGCUCAGAUGACGCUAGCGAGUGUGGAGAUGCCGACGGUUUUGAUGUUCCGACGCGUGCUGGUGACCAAGGGAACGCUCGGUGAAUACACUGACAAGCACAUUGCACGGUAUUUAGUGCUGCAGGACAGUUUGUUGGUCAGCGUACGUGGCGUUCAGGAAGCGGCAUUGCUGGUUCAAGCGUGCAUUGAAGUUUUUGGGGAGAGUAAGUCGACCGUAUCGCUAGAAGACUAUAUCGACCACGUCGAGCAUGUGGUGCUGCCGUCGUUGGGUAUUUUAUCGACAAACACUGCGAGUGACAGGAAGCAGCAGUUUGAACAGAUCAAACAGGUUAUGGAGACGAUUCAUCAGCGUGUAGACGCUCGGAAGAAGAAGCAGGUGAAGGCGUGGAAUGCAGCCAAGAGCUCGAACUACCGACGCAUUGAAAUCCUGGCUCGACAACGCGCUAGUAUCAAGGAAAGACUCGAAAAGAUGCGUGAAAACAAGAAAGAGCUACGGCCAGAGAACCACAGCUUAUGGUCCGAGUACAUUGAGCUGCGUCAUCUCUUUACUCAGCUUAGCGAGAACGUCGAGAAGUCGAAACAAGAGCAUUAUUUACCGGACUUUGAAGGGUAUUCGCUGCGGUUCGGAAGUGACGGGAUCUACGUCGGUGUUGGAGAUGUCUGGAUCCCUUCUUUUCUCGCAAAAUUUUCCAUUGAGACGAGAUCGACCGCUCCUCAUUUGUCGCUCCAUAUCUCGACCUCAUCAGCUCAUGGCCUUAAAAUCCGAGUCACAAAUUUUACACUAGCGACAGAGGGACGGCUCCCGAGCUUCCAUUGUGACGAGCUGAACGUAGAAGCUCAACUCGUCGCCGACAUUCCCCUUGUAUUCGACUCCAUCUCCGGGUGGACGGUUCCUCCGGAAGAGCUGGGCGUCAAGCUCAUGAGCUUCGUAUAUUACGAGAGAGAAACCAACAGUACCAAGCGCGGCAAAGACCACGAUACGAUCAUGAAAAUGUUCAUCAACCGGAUGCUUCCAUCCGUGGUGGGAGGCGCAGCUCAGCGAUUAUUCUGUGUCGAGCUUGGGCCACUCCUCCAACGUCGUGAAGCUCAGGUUGUCUUGUCAGGAGACAUCAAGAUCAGUGGACGAAAGCUGUCGGUGUAUGACGCAGCACUGAACAACGCCAACACCAAAGAAAAGCAGGAAAGAGAUCGAGAUUUAUCGGAGACAGCGCGGGAGAUCAUGGCUAUCUCGGACGACGAAGCUGAAGUUCUGUACCUUAUCUUCAAGACGUUUAUUGAUACCCACAGCAAUAACAAGACGCUGUUUGGUAAGGCAGAGACCCCCAGACUGUGUAUCCGCAACCUGAUCAGCUACUUCGAGCAGUUCCACCAGACUCCUCACUUGAAGGCACUCGUGAGUGAAUUGUGGAGUCGGAGCAUUCAUCUGCUGUCUUCAUCGUCAACUUCACCGUCACGUAGAGAUCCAGACGCGUCGUCGUUCUCGUCGAUUAUGAAUACUAUUGAGCAGAUCAAGGAAUAUCCCGUGGACGUGUCAAUUUCGCUCGUGGAUGUUACGUUCCGUCUUGAUUUAUGCGAAGGAGCCGCGACGUACUACAUGGCGUUGCAGCGUAUCAUUCGCAGAAGUAUGGACACAAGUUCGGUUGGGAUAUCAAAUCUGGCAGAGCUGAGGGAUGGGACGUAUCUGCAAAAUAAGCUGGCCCGACUGGAUGCUCGAUACGAGAGAGCGACCAAGUUGUUGUCCUAUAUCACAACCAACGUCGACGUGCUGGGUGUGAUUUUCCGUGGUGUGCUCCCAAGUGGGUUCAUGAGUCGGCUGUUCGUAGAAGCUAGAGAGUUUUCUGGCAAAGGCCCGUGUUCCGGAUCCGUGGUGAUCCCGCUCACUCACUUAACGGCGUUGUCCUCACGUGAUGGCGUAGAAAUAAACACUCACAGUGUGAACGAACCUCCACCGUCUGUGUUGACCAGAACACAUGAGAAUGGCACGUUGGUGCUGUCGAAAUUUUUGCUUGACUCGCUUCGGGACAAUGAGUCGGGAGGUGGAGUUGAGUUGCCUGGUGAUCGUUUGAAAGUUGCAGUGAAGAAUCCGUCAGUGCGUGUUUUGUUUGAGGUUCCGACGGACGUAUCGCAGCUGGAACCUGGGCAAACGCUCACGCCGUUUUCAGUGUCGGUGGUCACUGAUGACCCCACCCAACCCCCUAAGCUGAAAGUCGAGACAGGAGACUUUGGCAAGUGCCAAUACACAGCUGACUGCUUGACGUUGAGCGGGACAGUGUGGCAGUUUUUGCAGCGUACACAGGAAAUGACGGAUAGUGUCGUUGAGUCCGAAGGAGUGGACAACCCGACCACCGCUUCUAAUGGAGUUUCUACCACUAGCGACGAAGAGGAGAACAGCAUCUGGGACGAGUAUUUGGAGUCUCCUUACUUCAGUCUUCGGUUCCAUUUCUUCACAUCGUGUCAAGUAACACGAGACCAUAUCUUCUUGAGCGUUGGUAGCGCUUCACUUACAGAGCCCAAGGUGGCACAGCUCAAGCACCGUGUCUGUCUGGGCCAGUUGCUGCAAGAUCUUGACAUGCUAAGUGUCGUCGAUUCGAACGCUUCUAGGAGGAAAGACGGCGCGAGGUUCCAGCAUGCAUUGCAUCAACGAGCUGUCGAUGCAGAGCGACACGGUCGGUCCUCUGUGUCCAGUUACUCGCAGAGACAGACGCUGUUCUCGCAGUCGAGUUUCGACGAAUUUGACGGUACCAGCGAACCAGCUUCGAUGUAUGAAACGGAGAUCGACACCGACACUCCUCGACGGAAUUAUUAUGGCGAGGCGGUCAGCAGUGCAGUGCCCAAUGGAUCAACUGAAGACGGUAAACAGCUACCACCGCCCAUCCAACCAAACGUUCGCUCCGUAGAUCGUCCUAACAAGGCUAAUUUCUUUUGA